UCGUUGUUUGCUCUGCGCGACAACUCAGCCAGCCACAUCGAGCCCAGUAACCACACAGCCGCGCUUCUUUUCCGACGUGUUCCAAAAUUAAAAAACUGACAUAGUGUAAAAAAAUUGAAUUCAGUCCGUUUCCUACAGGUACUUAAGACUCGAAUCAGGAAAAGUCUCAGUUAGACGAUUACUCCAAACAUGACGGAGAAGAAGAGUCCGGAAGAGAUAAAGGAACUACUCCAGCAAAUGCGCGAUUGGCUCAACAGUCAGCCGCAUUUGCCUAAGGAUAUAGACGACAAACUCCUGCGUCGCUUCCUACACAGUUGCUACUUUGACAUCGAACAGGCGAAAUCGGCUGCAGAACUGUUCUUCACCAUACGAGCAUCUGCUAUAGAUCUGCUCAGCAACAGGGAUCCGCAUUCACCGCAAAUGCAGAAGACGCUAAAGAUUGUAAACCUAGCACAACUCCGAAUAUCCGGCAACAGAAACCUCUGGAUCUGGCAGCUCAACGACCCAGGGCUAGACAACUACGAUUACGCUCAAGAUGCGAAAGUUUUUCUCCUCUCUACUGAUGCCUGGUUGUUAGCCGAUGAGGGCCAGUUGGAGGAUAGUGACAUUGUCGUCAUGGACGUGAAGGAUAUAUCGCUCAAGUUUCUGACCAAGUUCAACAUGUCCAUCGCCAAGAAGCUGUCGAAAUAUCAGCAGGAAGCCAUGCCGAUCCGCCUGAAACAGAUUCACGUGGUGAAUGCGCCUGCGUUCAUUGACAAGAUCUUCGGUCUGCUCAAACCUAUUUUAAGGCCUGAAAUCACGCAAAUGAUGCACUUCCACUCACCAAAAUCGGACUCGCUAUACCAGUACCUGAGCAAGGAGGACUUGCCUUCGGAUUAUGGCGGGACCCUCGCGUCUAUGGACGAACAGAUGACACACGUCAUGGAUUUGUUGGACAGUCAGAGAGAGCGGCUAAUAGGUAAGUUGUGGGUUGCUGACAAGAAGAUAAAAUCCAAAGACAUUCCUGUAACGACUUCUGAUGUGACCCCCAGUUUCCGAGCGCUUGCCAUCGACUGACACUUGAUAUACAUUGACUCCAUCUCUGUUUUAUAAUAUAAGUCAUAUGGUUUUGCCAAAUUUGAGGAGCAAGUGAAUGAAAGUUGUGUUAACUUGCCGUUAGUUUAGUAUAAAAGAUAAAGUCGGGUUCACACCGAGCUAAGGAAGGCCAACGGAUAUUGGUAUGAAAUCUAUUUCGGGUUCACUAACUUUUAUUAGUCCGGUUUGGCUUAAGACAAUGUUAUAGGGUUGACAUUUUGUCCGGUUAAAGUGGUAAGGCUAUUUGGUUGCAUGUCCGGCCAAAAUUGACGGUGUCCGGACUGUCUGACUUUUGCUAGCUUUUUAUAUUACGGAUCGAGACUCCUUGCGCCUAUUGUUUUCAGUCGUGUAAGAAAUGGCCCAAAAAAAAUCAUUCCGUCGAGCCAAGUCAUGAAAUAAGUAUCGAGAAUCAAAAUCAAUUUCAAUUUAGGAUUUUUACAUAAAUGUCAGGCCAAACUCUCAUGUCUGUCUAGCUAUUGAAUGAGCCAACGACUGAUCUCUAUAUGAGUUUACGUCAGUGGAGUCAACAAACUUUCAUGCCAACAUUCGUUUGCUCAGUGUGUACCCGGCUUAAGUUUGCAAUCAGCGGGGCUAUUCGGGAGCUCUGAUAUAGGAUUAUACAUAUAUAGUAUCCACGUCUUAUCCCUUCCGGAAUAGACAGAGUCAACAGUUUCGAUAAAACUGAAAGGUCAUGAUGAGCUGUAAUAGUUUAUGGGAUUGUCUGAUUUUUUUUUUCGGUUUAUUUUUAAUAACGGCACAGUUAUAUUCCCUAUCCAAGUUCGUGAAUAGCCACAUUGUAAGAUAGUUAAUGAUUUCUAUUUGUAUUACAUUUUUGUCUUUAGUAACUUCAGAUUUAAUUAGGAAUUUAUUGUAAAGAACAGUAGGUAUUCUUUAUAAAAUUUGUGGAUAUAUAAGUAGAAAACAAAUGCGAGUAUGUGAUAUAAAAAUCUAGUUGUUAUAAUGCUAUAAUAUAAUACACAUUCAUUUUAUAGAUAACUACACAUUCCCUUUUUAUAUAUUUAUUUAACUUCAGUUCGAAGUUGUUGUAAAUGUUUCAAUUUUAUAAUACAUACAGGGUCUUAGUAUUAGGUAACACAUUAAUACAAAGCUAUAAUUAUCAUCCGAAUUUGUUAUUAACAUGUUGUAUAAUCUUACUAUCGAUUUGUGUCAAAUAUUUGACCUUGCAAAUGUAUACUCGAGUGCAAUAGUUUAUAUACAGCUUAACAAUUAUAGUCUAGUAUUGUGUUAUAAAAUGUUCGUAUGAAAUUAUUGGUUGUGUGUUUAUAUAAAUAAAACUUUUUAUAUGCUUUUCAAAUAUAGUAUCGAAUUUACUUUGGGACUAGCGCUAUUUUUAUCAUUUGGCCAUGUUUAUAUUUAUUUUUUACUUAUUAUAUUAACUUCCUUAUUCCCACCACCGUGUAAGUAAAAAAUAUUAGAAGAGAAAACCCAAUUUUAAUUGAAAUUAAAGUUGGGUCUCCUCUAAUGAUCAUUUAUGAGGUUUAUGAAUGGGAACUAAUAAAUUCAUAUUACGAAAUCUUUUCAUCUACAUAUUCAGUUUUAUUAUUUUCUUUCACAAAAUUUUAUAUUAGAAUAUAAUUAUUAAAAUCUUGGAUGAAAACUAUAUACUAUACAGUUUCUCGUAUAGACUUUUGCACUUCACUGUACAUACCUCACAAGGCGAUGUCAAAUAUUUAACACGUCGCUCAAGUAUUAAAUGUGAAGUAUUAUUUAAAUCUGUAAGUAUUCUCAAUACUUAAAUUAUGUAAUUACAUUUAAUUUAAAAUUUUAUACACUUUGUUCCUUUGCACUAGAAAUUUAGGAGAAUCAGAAUAUGCGUAAAAAAUAUGGAUCUUUGAAAUUUGCAUUCACGUUACAAAUCUGUUUGAACGUGGAUCAAAGGGUUUUUUUUCUCUGUAUAGCAUUUUUAUUUCAAAAGUUGCAUUUACAUGUCUUUCUGUCAUAGAAAUUCAUAGAGAUCUGAAUAUAAGAUAAUAAAUUAAAUAGUGUUUGUACA